GCGGCGCUGCCGGGGACCCGAGAGCUGCGGGCGGGCUCGACGUACCCUACCGCGGGGUGGUGCUCUGACUGCUGCAACCGUUGAAGGGCUGCCCCCAGGGAGGCAGCAAGGCGCCACCGGUCCCUUAAACAUCUUCUGAAGUAUAUUCUACACUAAGAGGAAUGACUGCACCAUUUUUCUGAGCUAUGGCAGUCAGACCUGGUACCAGUAACUUCUCUACAGAACCCCCAAACCUGGCAAGAAUGGAUCAGAUUUUGACAGAUUAUGGCUUCAUCCACACCCAGAACUGAUGAUAUCAGCAGAGCAACUUUCAUUGUUAGAGAGAGGAGAGAGAGAGAAGCCUUGUUGGUUGACGUCACUUGGUUCAUGAAGCCUUCGCCUAGAAGUGAAGCUGCUGAACAAACCUUGAGAAGAAUCAUCUCCUGCUUCAAUCUGCUGCUGGAUAGGAACUAAUCAGAGAGAGGCGGAAGGCGGAGAAGGAGGGAGUCAAGGGCUUUCCCGAUCACAAAUCUCACCUCCACUCCAACUCUCUUUAUACUUUUCUUGCAAAAAUAAUAAUCGAGAUAAGGAGGUGGUAGGGUUUCCAAAAACAAAAAUCGUAACCUUCAACCAUCUGGGGAAGACAAAAAUCCCAUCCACCGCAACUCUCAGUUCGAAAGUAAAGAUUUCUCAACAGUGAUGUCACAAGAUUGACCACAUUGAUCACAACAUGGAGUCUGGAGAACGGUUACCAUCCUCAACAGCCUCCUCUACUACACCUUCAUCUUCAGUACCUUCUGUGGCUUCAUCAGUUUCAAAAGGCGGCCUUUCCACGGGAGCUGCUUCCCUGAGCUCUACAAUCAACCCAUGUGGACAUUUAUUCAGAGCAGCUGGGGAUCAACCGUUUAACCUGUCCACAGUGUCGAGUGCCUUCCCAAUGGUCAGCCACCCAGUCUUUGGUCUACAUUCAGCCAGCUCAGGGCAUUCAGAAUUUGGUGGUUUGGGGACACUUGGUACACCCACAGCCUUAGCCGCACAUCCCCAACUAGCAUCUUUUCCAGGUGCAGAAUGGUGGCGAACAACAGAUGUUCAUACUCGUACAGGGGCGACCUUCUUUCCACCAUUGCUGGGAAUUCCACCGCUGUUUGCUCCUCCAGCCCAGAACCAUGAUUCUUCUUCCUUCCAUUCAAGGACUUCAGGAAAAAGUAAUAGAAAUGGUCCUGAAAAAGGUGUAAAUGGGUCAAUAAAUGGAAACACUACAUCAUCUGUAUCUGGUAUCAACACACCUGUACUAUCCACUACUGCUUCAAGUUCUGUGGGACAAAGUAAAAGUAUAAGCUCAGGUGGAGGAAAUCGAAAAUGUAAUCAGGAACAAAACAAAAACCAGCCUUUGGAUGCUAGAGCUGACAAAAUAAAAGAUAAGAAACCAAGGAAGAAAGCUAUGGAAAGUUCUAGCAACAGUGAUAGUGAUUCGGGUACAUCAUCAGACACCUCAAGUGAAGGCAUUAGUAGUAGUGAUUCAGAUGAUCUAGAGGAAGAUGAAGAAGAAGAAGAUCAAAGUAUUGAAGAAAGUGAAGAUGAUGAUUCUGAUUCAGAGAGCGAAGCACAGCAUAAAAGUAACAACCAGGUGCUAUUACAUGGUAUUUCAGACCCAAAAGCAGAUGGACAGAAAGCAACUGAAAAAGCCCAGGAAAAAAGAAUACAGCAGCCAUUACCUCUUGUGUCUGAGUCCCAGACUCACCCAUCAUUCCAAUCCCAGCAGAAGCAGCCUCAGGUUUUGUCACAGCAGCUUCCAUAUAUUUUCCAAAGCUCUCAGGCAAAGGAGGAAUCUGUGAACAAACACACAAGUGUAAUACAGUCUACGGGAUUGGUGUCCAAUGUGAAACCUUUAUCUUUGGUAAAUCAAGCCAAAAAGGAAACUUACAUGAAACUCAUAGUUCCUUCUUCUCCUGAUGUACUUAAAGCAGGGAAUAAAAAUACCUCUGAAGAAUCUAGUCCUUUGACCAGUGAAAUGCGAUCCAAACGGGAACAAUAUAAACAGACAUUCCCAGCACAGUUAAAGAAACAAGAGUCAUCCAAGAGCUUGAAGAAGGUUAUUGCAGCUUUGUCAAAUCCGAAAGCAACCUCUAGUUCACCAGCACAUCCAAAACAGACGUCAGAAAACAACCACCCUAAUCCAUUCUUGACAAAUGCACUUUUAGGUAAUCACCAACCAAAUGGAGUUAUUCAAAGUGUCAUUCAAGAAGCUCCUCUAGCACUUACUACCAAAACUAAAAUGCAGAGUAAGAUUAACGAAAACAUCGCUACUCCAAGCAGCACCCCUUUUUCCUCACCUGUAAAUUUGAGUACAGGUGGGAGAAGAACCCCUGGCAGUCAGACAACUGUAACCCCCUCCGCCUCUCCCAUACUGCAUAGUCAAGGGAAGGAAAGAGCAGUUAGCAAUAAUGUAAACCCAGUGAAAACACAGCAUCACCCCCACCCUGCAAAAUCUUUAGUGGAACAGUUCAGGGGAACAGAUUCAGACAUUCCCAGUAGUAAAGAUUCUGAAGAUUCAAAUGAGGAUGAAGAAGAAGAUGAUGAGGAAGAAGAUGAGGAAGAUGAUGAAGAUGAUGAAUCUGAUGACAGCCAAUCAGAAUCAGAUAGUAAUUCAGAAUCAGAUACAGAAGGAUCAGAAGAAGAUGAUGAUGAUGAUAAAGACCAAGAUGAAUCAGAUAGUGAUACUGAAGGAGAGAAAACGUCAAUGAAACUGAAUAAAACAACUUCCUCUGUCAAAAGCCCUUCCAUCAGUCUCACUGCUCACCCAACACCUCGUAACCUCCACAUAGCAAAAGCCCCAGGCUCUGCUCCUGCUGCCUUAUGUUCUGAAUCCCAGUCACCUGCUUUUCUUGGCACACCUUCUUCCACACUUACUUCAAGUCCACACUCUGGCACUUCCAAAAGGCGAAGAGUAACAGAUGAGCGUGAGCUGCGUAUUCCUUUGGAAUAUGGCUGGCAAAGAGAGACAAGAAUAAGAAACUUUGGAGGGCGCCUUCAAGGAGAAGUAGCAUAUUAUGCUCCAUGUGGAAAGAAACUUAGGCAAUACCCUGAAGUAAUAAAGUAUCUCAGCAGAAAUGGAAUAAUGGAUAUCUCAAGGGACAAUUUCAGCUUCAGUGCAAAAAUAAGAGUGGGUGACUUCUAUGAAGCCAGAGAUGGACCGCAGGGAAUGCAGUGGUGUCUUUUGAAAGAAGAGGAUGUCAUUCCCCGUAUCAGGGCAAUGGAAGGCCGUAGAGGAAGACCACCAAAUCCAGAUAGACAGCGAGCAAGAGAGGAAUCCAGGAUGAGACGUCGGAAGGGUCGGCCUCCAAACGUGGGAAGUGCUGAGUUUCUAGACAACACAGAUGCCAAAUUGCUAAGAAAACUGCAAGCUCAAGAAAUAGCCAGACAAGCAGCGCAAAUAAAGCUUUUGAGAAAACUUCAAAAGCAGGAACAGGCUCGGGUUGCCAAAGAAGCUAAAAAACAACAAGCAAUAAUGGCUGCUGAGGAGAAGAGAAAGCAAAAAGAACAAAUAAAGAUUAUGAAACAACAGGAAAAAAUUAAAAGAAUACAACAAAUCAGAAUGGAAAAAGAACUUCGAGCCCAGCAAAUUCUAGAGGCUAAAAAGAAAAAGAAGGAAGAAGCAGCAAAUGCCAAAUUAUUGGAGGCCGAAAAACGAAUAAAGGAAAAAGAAAUGAGAAGACAACAAGCCGUUCUUCUGAAGCAUCAGGAGUUGGAGAGGCAUAGACUAGAUAUGGAACGAGAGAGAAGACGACAACAUAUGAUGCUUAUGAAAGCUAUGGAAGCUCGUAAAAAAGCAGAAGAAAAAGAACGGCUGAAGCAAGAAAAACGUGAUGAGAAAAGAUUAAAUAAAGAGCGUAAACUGGAGCAACGAAGAUUAGAAUUAGAAAUGGCAAAGGAACUAAAGAAGCCUAAUGAAGACAUGUGCUUAGCAGACCAAAAGCCUUUGCCAGAUUUGCCUCGUAUUCCAGGACUUGUUCUCUCUGGAAGUACAUUUUCAGACUGUCUCAUGGUGGUGCAGUUCUUACGAAACUUUGGUAAAGUUUUGGGCUUUGAUGUGAAUAUUGAUGUUCCAAACCUGAGUGUUCUUCAAGAGGGAUUGCUAAAUAUAGGGGACAGCAUGGGUGAAGUACAAGACUUGCUUGUGAGGCUCCUCUCAGCUGCUGUAUGUGAUCCAGGUCUAAUUACAGGAUACAAGGCCAAAACAGCUCUUGGAGAACAUUUGCUGAAUGUUGGUGUGAACCGAGACAAUGUUUCCGAGAUCUUGCAGAUUUUUAUGGAAGCCCAUUGUGGACAAACUGAGCUUACGGAAAGCCUGAAAACCAAAGCUUUUCAGGCUCAUACUCCAGCACAGAAAGCCUCAGUCUUGGCUUUCCUGAUCAAUGAACUGGCAUGCAGUAAGAGUGUGGUGAGUGAAAUUGACAAGAACAUUGAUUAUAUGUCAAACCUGAGGAGAGAUAAAUGGGUAGUAGAAGGUAAACUUCGCAAGCUCAGAAUCAUUCAUGCUAAGAAAACAGGCAAAAGAGACACGUCAGGUGGCAUUGAUCUUGGAGAAGAACAGCAUCCAUUGGGCACCCCCACACCAGGACGCAAACGAAGAAGGAAGGGAGGAGACAGUGAUUUUGAUGAUGAUGAUGACGAUGAUAGUGAUGAACAAGCUGAUGAAGAUGAUGAGGAUGAAGAAGAUAAAGAAGACAAAAAAGGAAAGAAGACUGAUAUCUGUGAAGAUGAGGAUGAAGGUGACCAAGCAGCAAGUGUUGAAGAGCUAGAAAAACAGAUUGAAAAACUGAGUAAACAACAGAGUCAGUACAGAAGGAAGCUCUUUGACGCUUCUCACUCUUUGCGUUCGAUGAUGUUUGGCCAGGAUCGUUACAGACGCCGGUACUGGAUUCUUCCCCAAUGUGGGGGGAUUUUUGUAGAAGGCAUGGAGAGUGGUGAAGGACUAGAAGAAAUUGCAAAAGAAAGAGAAAAACUAAAAAAGGCAGAAAGUAUCCAGAUCAAAGAAGAAAUAUUUGAGACUUCUGAAGAUACUUUAAAUUGCUCAAAUCCAGAUCUUUGUGAGCAAAAGGAAGAUCCUAAAGAAAAAGAUAACACAAACUUGUUUCUUCAGAAACCUGGCUCUUUUUCAAAAUUAAGCAAGCUUUUAGAAGUAGCUAAAAUGUCUCCUGAGUCAGACAUAAUAACCCCCAAACCAAAUAGCAGUGCAAACGGGUGUACAUUGUCUUAUCAAAACAGUGGAAAACAUUCAUUGGCCAGCAUUCAAUCAACAGCAACACAAAGCAACAUGGAGAAGACAGACUCUAAUAAUCCAUUCAGUCCUGGUUCAAGUGGUCCAGGGAAGUUCUACAGCCCUCUACCCAAUGACCAGCUGUUAAAAACACUGACUGAAAAGAAUAGACAGUGGUUCAGCCUUUUGCCAAGAACCCCUUGUGAUGACAGUUCACUCACCCAUACUGAUGCAUCAGCUGCUUCUGUGGUGACUCCUCAGUCUCAGCCACCAUCCCAGUCCCCCUCCCCUGCUCCGGCUCCCCUCUUGGGGUCAUCUUCUGCUCAGAAUCCUGUUGGCCUAAAUCCAUUUGCUGUAUCACCUCUUCAGAUGAAAAGUGGAGUAUCUAUGAUGGGACUCCAGUUUUGUGGAUGGCCCACUGGCGUGCUUACCUCCAAUAUUCCAUUUACGUCACCUUUACCUAGUCUGGGAUCGGGGCUGGGAUUAUCUGAAGGAAAUGGUAAUUCGUUCUUGACUCCCAAUGUUGCUUCAAGUAAAAGUGAAUCUCCAGUCCCACAGAAUGAAAAAGUCUCUUCAACUCAACCUGCAGCUGUUGAAGUAGCAAAACCAGUAGAUUUUCCUAGUCCAAAACCUAUUCCAGAAGAAAUGCAGUUUGGUUGGUGGAGAAUUAUUGACCCAGAGGACCUAAAAGCUUUGCUCAAAGUGCUGCAUCUCAGAGGAAUAAGAGAAAAGGCAUUACAGAAACAAAUUCAGAAACACUUGGAUUAUAUUACCCAAGCUUGCAUCAAGAAUAAGGAUGUUGCUAUUAUUGAAUUAAAUGAAAAUGAAGAAAACCAGGUAACUCGAGAUAUUGUGGAGAACUGGUCAGUAGAAGAACAAGCAAUGGAAAUGGAUUUGAGUAUUCUUCAACAGGUAGAAGAUCUAGAAAGGAGAGUUGCAUCAGCAAGUUUGCAAGUAAAGGGUUGGAUGUGUCCAGAGCCUGCAUCAGAAAGGGAGGACUUGGUAUAUUUUGAACAUAAGUCAUUUUCUAAGUUGUGCAAGGAGCAUGAUGGAGAAUUUACUGGCGAAGAAGAAAGCAGUGCACAUGCACUAGAACGGAAGAGUGACAACCCCCUAGAUAUAGCUGUAACCAGGCUGGCUGAUUUGGAGCGGAACAUUGAGAGAAGGUAUCUGAAGAGCCCCUUAAGUACCACCAUUCAGAUCAAACUGGAUAAUGUGGGCACAGUUACUGUCCCUGCUCCUGCACCAUCCAUUAGUGGUGAUGGUGACGGAAUUGAAGAGGAUAUUGCUCCAGGGCUCAGGGUAUGGAGAAGGGCAUUGUCAGAAGCUCGCAGUGCUGCACAGGUAGCUCUGUGCAUUCAGCAGUUACAGAAAUCAAUAGCAUGGGAAAAAUCAAUUAUGAAAGUUUACUGCCAGAUCUGUCGAAAGGGAGAUAAUGAAGAACUGCUCCUCCUUUGUGAUGGUUGUGACAAAGGCUGUCACACAUACUGCCAUAGACCCAAGAUUACAACCAUACCAGAUGGGGACUGGUUUUGUCCAGCUUGCAUUGCUAAGGCAAGUGGUCAAACUCUAAAAAUCAAAAAACUUCAUGUCAAAGGAAAAAAGACUAAUGAGUCAAAGAAAGGCAAGAAAGGAACUUUAACAGGUGAUACUGAAGAUGAAGACUCUGCAUCUACAAAUAGUUCACUGAAAAGAGGAAACAAAGACCUGAAAAAAAGAAAAAUAGAGGAAAACACUUCUAUUAACUUGUCAAAACAGGAAAGUUCUACUUCUGUUAAGAAACCUAAAAGAGAUGACUCCAAAGACCUCGCUCUUUGCAGUAUGAUCCUUACUGAAAUGGAAACUCAUGAGGAUGCGUGGCCUUUUCUACUUCCUGUAAACUUGAAACUCGUUCCUGGUUAUAAGAAAGUUAUUAAGAAGCCUAUGGAUUUUUCCACAAUUAGAGAGAAAUUAAGUAGUGGGCAAUAUCCAAACCUUGAAACCUUUGCUGUAGAUGUCAGGCUUGUUUUUGACAACUGUGAAACAUUUAAUGAAGAUGAUUCUGAUAUAGGCAGAGCUGGCCACAGUAUGAGGAAGUAUUUUGAAAAAAAGUGGACAGAUAUUUUCAAAGUGAGCUGAAGUUAUAAUAACCUCUCUUUUUUUUCCUUUUAAACAAGGACAAAUGAGACCAGCAAUGUGAACUGUAUUUACAUAAAUGUGCAAGGCACAUACAUAAUGACUUUUUUUUCCUUAAAAUAAGCAUCACAAAAAAACAAAAAAAAAAGUAUCAGAAGAAUGAUACCAUUUUUAAAGGCUUCACUCCAACAACAACCAAGGCCCUUGGUUAUUGGUUUGUGUGAUUUAUCAGCUAACUUAGGUAGAACAGGGAAGCACACCCAAAGAAUUUUCAGAGGAAAGGGUGUUAUAGUGCAAUAGCAAUUAAAAUAUAUCAAAUCGCACUGAAUAUUCAACACCAGAGCUCUAAUGUGGGAAAUGGUUCUCCUUUCCCUCUCAAUAAAUAUCUAUUUUUCAUUUUUUUACUUUGUAGUUUAUUUUUUAGUGAAUGUAUUUAAUUUUAUGAAUUAUUUAUGAUUAAACCACAUCCAGAAUCUUCGUUUUCUGUGAAAAGGAAGAACUAGAAAAUUGCUUUAAAUCUUGAAAAUACAACAAGGAAUGUUUUAAAAUAUAAAACAAAGCCAAGUUAAACUGUUUACACUGAUGUGCUAUAAAGCACCAAAAAUAAACUUUACUGUAGAGUUACAAGUACAUUUAUAUAUAUAUAUAUAUAUAUAUAUAUAUAUAUAUAUAUAUGUUGCUGCAUCACUUGUGUAGUUAAAUUGUAUUUCAAGACAGUGAAGAAAAAUUGACAUGUAUAUACUGUUCAUUAUUGUUUAUAUUAAGUCUUGUUUUAAAUAUGUAUUAUGUGUAUAUAUUGUUUGGAGACAUUAUUGUUUAUGCCUUAGAAGGAUUGUAGCAUUUUAUUUUAGUCUGAAGGUAAUUAUAGCUAUACAGCUUGUACAGUAAUUAUCCUCUACCAACACUGUGGCGUCUCCUUGAUCUUGGUAGUGCCUGCCUUUGAAACAGGGUGUAGGGGAUAUUAGUUUUCCAUUUUUCUAUUUUGUUAUAUAAUUUUAAGCCACCAGGGCCUAAAUUAAAGUAUAAUCAUUUGUAUCCAUGUGGAAUAAAAUUGUGACAAUUUCCUACACACACAGUAUUUUUUCAUAGAAACAUUUCCUUCCCAUUUGCCUUGCCUCAGAAAUAAAUUUAAAAGACAUUUGUAACCACUGUGUUUUAUCUACUGUGUGUUGUGGUGGCCUGUUGGAGGCAAAUAGAUCAGAAUUUUUUUUGUACCUAUGUAAGAGUACUUGAAGUUUUAUUUAAAAUAAAAUGUUGUGAAAAAGGUAGCAUUCUUUUUUUUAGGAGUGUUAUUUUUCACUACUAUGUGUGGCACGGAUACAAUAAAAGACUUUUACAAACUA